AAAUGGACAAGAAGAAGGGAAAGCUCAAGGAAAGUACAAAUAUUAGCCAAAACCCCUUCCCAUUGAAGAAACCAUUUCAUCAAAGAAUGAAUGACUUUGAAAAGAAGGCAAUAGAGAUGGAGAAGGAGAGAGGCAGAAUUCCUGCGCCUUCCAUACCUAAGGACGGCCAGAUUAAUACCAAAGUCAAGGAUUAUAACUUCAACCAAUACCUUCCGGAGUUUGAUAGCUAUACGCCUGAACAUGAUAAAAAGGAAAUUCAAAGAAUAGAAAAUUUGUUAGGAAAACAACAGAAGAAAGGAUAUUCUUUCCCAACAGAGAGUAUUGAAGACCCUGAACUAGAGUUUGGUGAUCAUCCUUUAAUCUCUCAGAAUGAGAACAAUGUCUAUAAGCCUCAACUUUUUAAAGAGAUGGCUAAUCUUCCAGGAAAGAAGAGAAUUUCUACAAAGCUUCUGUCUUGGAACACUACCACUAAAGCAGGGCCUAAUGGUAUGAAGAUCCCCAUUAAGCUAGUUCAGGUUCAUGAAGAGGAGAAUCUGAAGAGGAUCUCCGAGCCAAAGCUCAAAGAUUACUUAACAAUUGAUGAUAUCAAAAUCAGAGCUAGUAUACUGGCUUAUGCAAAGUACUCUCAUCAAAUAGAGGCAGCUAGAGCAGCCAAAAUCAAGAAGACUUGCUUGUGGAUCCUUGCUAUUGCAAAAUGAAAGGUAUUUAUCAAGAAACUUAAACUAGCUGUUAAGAAGUCUAGAAUGAAGAAGGACUUACCAAAAUAAGGCCUUUUUUAUAAAAUCUCAAUUUUGCACAAG